AAGCUACAGUAGGUCGGUAUAAAAGCCUUCAAGGUGAUGUCCUAGACAGUCACUUGUACUUUCAUCAUGUGGGCAGCGCUGUCGAUCCUGUGUGUGGUGAGCGCCGUCGUCGCCGAAAUCCCUACAGCACCAUGCCACACAAAGUCUCCAGAUUUCGACCAAUGCCUGUUGAAAAGCUUCAGAGAAAACUUGCCAAAGAUGAGUAAAUCUGGAGUGAGCGAGGUGGGUCUUCCACCCCUGGACCCGAUGUACGUCCCUCAACUGCUCAUCACCUACAACAGCACCGAUAUCCAGGCCAAGUCCAGCGUCAAGAACAGCUUCACCCACGGUCUGCGGAAUGUUCAGAUUCUCGACAUAAGGACUAACCUGGAAGACCCUGAGAAGCUAGUGAUCGAGGGCGACAUUUUUCUGCCCAAGGUUCUCGUUGAAGGAACAUACAAGACGGAAGGCUCUCUGGGAAACUUCCCUAUCACCGGAAAAGGAAUCUACAACAUCAGCAUGACGAAUGUGAGCGCAACGCUGCGAGCUGAAGGUCAUCUGGUGACCUUGGCCGGCAAACAGCACCUCAAGGUGCACAAGGUUGGUUUGAGGCCGGAGGUCGGCGGCAUGAAAGUGUACGCGUCCAACCUCAUCCACAACAACAAAGAGCUAAGUACUCUUGCAUUGAACGUAGUGAACCAGUUCUGGAGGCUGUUUUACCAGGAGAUGCUGCCUUACGCUGAACAAGGAUUUGACGAGGUCCUUAGAGGAGUGAUCAACAAAUACACCCUCCAAGUGCCUUACGACCAGAUGUGGAUAGUGGAUUGAUUCCGUAUCCAAUCUCAUCUUCACACAACUGUUAAUUUAUUUUCAUAAAACAUCUAUACAACUUCUCCAUCUACGCCAGAAACAACGGCGUAACUCUACGAGAUCUCUUCUAACCUACGUAAAUUAAACUGUUAAAAUAUAAACGAAACAAA